GGCGAGUCGCGGCGGCGCGAGUUCGGGCCAUGGAACCGGCGCAGGAGCCCUGCCCGGAACGGCGGGGUCAGUGGGUGAUGGUCCCCACAGGCCAGGAAGGUGGAGACAAGCCCCUGGCUGCUGGGCCAAAAAAGGAACUGCGGCAGAGUUCAGCCCCCUGCGCUCAGGAUGCCCCAAGUGAGGAACUGCCCCCCUCCUGCAUCGUCCCUGGGGAGAAGCCACCAUCAGACCCCCCUGGAGAACCAACUGGGACAGAUACCAGGAGAGGGGGCCAGCCAUCUGGUUCGGGGACUCUCCACAAAGACACGCCUCUGGCCCCACCGGGACCCCAGCCUCCUGGGGAAGGCUGUUCCUUCCCAGUGAAAGAGGCAAAGCCAGGGAAGAGGUCCUACUCUCCAGCCUCCAGUAAGCAGAAAAUACCCAGUGCCGCGGGUCUGGCCUCCACACCAUCUCCUGGUGUCACCCACUCAGCCCGUGCCGCACACAACCCAGUGCCUUGUGGGUCAGGUCGGGGGCCCUGCCAUCUGGCUAACCUUCUCAGCACAUUGGCUCAGAACAGCCAAAACACAGAUCAGAAGAGGUCCCUGGAAGUGACCUGCCAAGUUCGGAAAAAGACCCGGACCCUAUACCGCUCAGACCAGCUGGAGGAGCUAGAAAGGAUCUUCCAAGAAGACCACUACCCAGACAGUGAUAAGCGCCGGGAGAUUGCCCAGACUGUGGGGGUUACCCCCCAACGCAUCAUGGUGUGGUUCCAGAAUCGCAGGGCAAAGUGGCGGAAAGUGGAGAAGCUGAAUGGCAAGGAGGACAAGGACAGCCCUGCAGACCCCGCCCCUACCGGGGCCAGCGGUCAGUGCAGCUCUGCAACUGAGCUGCCAGCCGCUGUGCCCAUGGACCCAGAGCCUGGUACCUUCCCUCAGGAAUCCCCUCUGGAUUCUCUUGCAGAGCCUCCCAUGCUGCUGGCCUCUGAGCACACUCUGGCCCCAACCCAACAGAGUGAGAGUACUCAGAGGGUAGCAGUGACCCCACCGCUCUUCAGCCCUCCGCCAGUUCGAAGAGUCAACCUUCCUUUUCCCCUUGGCCCUGUCCCCACCCCCCAAAUGAUGCCUCUGCUGCUGGAUACCCCAGGCAGUGACAGCGGCCACAAAGAUGGCUCCUGGGGGACAAGUGUCACCCCACCAUCCACCUGCUCAUACUUGGAGGAGCUGGAGCCCCAGGAUUACCAACAGAGUGCCCAGCCGGGACCGUUCCUGUUCUCCCAGGCUCCACAGAGCCAGCUCUACCAACAGCCUCAGCCCCAGUUCUCCUAUCUGCACCCCUUCCCCUUCCCCAUGCCCCACCCCCUGCAGCCUCUGCUGCCGGAUGACCCCCUCUUCACCUCGCCCUAUGGCCCCAGUGCGGGGACAUCACAGGGCUACUUCCCAGGGCCGCCGCCUCCGUCAGGGCAGACGGUGCUUCAGCCACCUGCUGGGAAUGCAGGGCCCCCGAGGAGCAGCCUGCCCCCUGUGUGGAGGGGCCCCCCGCAGCCGAGGAGCUCCGAGCGGAAGAGAAGGACAGCUGUGGCCCCUAAGUGCGGGGCCAAGCAGUGUGGAGGAGCGGGAGAGGCUUGGUGCCCCCUCCAGGAGACAGCGAUGUCAGGACAGACUGCAGAGUCUCCUGACCCGGGGGAAAUCGGACGUUUCCCCUCUGUGGGCUCACCUUGCUGCACCUGAUUGGAGAAGGAUGAGGGCCGGCCCGCCCUCUUGUCCACACCUCUGUGUGACCACCCUGAGAAAGGGAUGGUCCCUAUGAUUUCUGAAUGCUGUGUACGUUUAUGUUGUUUCCUUUCCUUGCCAGACAAACGCAUGUCUGUUGUAAGUGGUAGACUAGUGCAUCUUGGGCCUCUCUGCGCGGCUCUGUCUCCCCACUAAGAGCUGCAUUUCUUUCACCACCAUCCACUCAGCUGGCCGGUUGUGGGAUGCAGUCCCAAGUGCUCCAAGUGAGGUCCCCAUUGGGCAUGACCCCAUGGAACCUGGCAUCUUUCCUGGGCUCAUCUCCUGCUGGAGGGGAAAUCAGGCAUCUUGGGCCUGUUUUUCACUCCUGACAUUAACUCUUAUUCCCAAACUCAGGACUGAACCUGAGCAAAUUUGAGCACCAGCGUCUCUCUGGAAUUUGGGCAUUGUAGGGAUAGGAUUACAAGAGACACCCAAGGAUAUUUCAGGUCAAGUCUCCGUGUUGUGAACCAGAACUUAUCUUUCCACAGCUCUUCUUUUGGGAGAGGGAGUAGAAAUGAGAGGUGGGAGCACCAAGAAAAAGAUAUUCAUAUAUAUAUAUAUAUAUAUAUACACACAUAUACAUACAUAUAUAUAUAUAUAUAUAUUUAGCACCCCAUAUCUGCUGGCCCUACUGUGCCCAAGUAGGUAAGAUUUGAGGGCCAUUGAUUCAAACUACAUCAGUGCAUUUGGGGAGUGUGUGUGUGGGGGUGCUAUUUGGGACUUGCAAAUGCUCUGAUUAUUGGAAAAUACUUUGUUUUUCAAAAACUUACACGUAUUUGCAUCAUAAUAGUUAUAGAGUCUUCACUGAAAAGUCAAAAUAUUUGGAAAUGGAGAAACUUCUUGGUUACCCAAAAA